AAGUUGAUAUUUGUAAAAGGUCCAUCCCUAAUAACAUCUGUAAGAAAUAACAAAACUUUGUUUUGCUUUUAUUUUGCAAAUCAAAUGAAAUUAAUAGCACUAAAUUAAGAUGACUUAUAUAAAACGGAAACCGAUUUCAUGGUCCCUAUACUAUGAAUCAUUACUAUUUGAUUUGUGGGAGGAGAACAUUGCGUCUGUGCGGGCUGGUCAAAAGAGCACAAUUGUAUGCGGGGCUAUGGCGGAAAAAUUGGAUGAUGCCGGGUUUAUUGGAGUCGAGAUGAAGGAUGUGCGGACAAAACUGGACAACAUAACCAGAAAAUACAAACAAGAGCGCAAAGAAGUACAGUCGACUUGGCGGCACUUUGAAAGAGUUGAUCGCAUUCUUGGCAGAAUAAAUCCACUAAAAUACGGUCCUUUAAUAGAAGAAAGCACAGGUAGUCUUAAAAAUGAUAAAAAUGGAAUAGAGGAGUACUUAGAAGACGAUUUGGAUUACAAUGACAUUGAUAACGGUGCUCCAAGUAACGAUGGUGGGGAAUCAUGGGAGCGCACUCUGGAGAUGAUGUCAAAUCCGGGAUCCCCUUGUGAUGACCCGCCCUUUUCGCCACCUUACAAGCGGCAAAAACAUUCCCAGGAAGAGAUGACAUCCUUCGAAGCAGGAAUACUGGAGGCCACAAGAGAACGCAACAAAGAACUGAAAAAAAUGCGGGAGGAAUUGACCGAUCUGGCCAGUCGGCGGCUUAAUUCCUUGGAGAGGCUUGAAAAGACCAUGAUGCGCAUGGAAAAGGCCAAUGCGAAAUUCCAUCAGCAAUUGCUGGACAAGUUAUAGCACUGUUAAGCUAUUACGAACAAAAGAAGUUCGCAGAUAUGCUUAGAAAAGCCCACAUAAUUGUGUGCGUAAUACCAAAAACAAAAUAUUUAAUUAAGAACUUAUGGGUCCUUUUCGUAAAAAACUUUGGAAUGUAAUCACAUGAAG